AUGUCUCCGUUUCGUUUGUUUGAUCGUAAUGCAAAACGUAUCCAAAAAGAUCGUGCAGCAUUGAGAGACUCUGGUGAGCGUAGCCGUACGGUCGAUUAUGUGCGUGAAGAAGUAGCAGAUCGCUUAUUUGAACGUGUCCUGGAUAUCAAAAGGCGUUUCCCUCACAUUCUGGACCUCGGGGCGGGAUCCGGUCACUUUACCAAAUUACUCGAUUCCGACGUCACCGAUAGAGUGACCAUGCUAGAUAUGAGCUACUCGGAAUUUCCCUUGCCUCCCGCCCGACUUCACAUAGACGAAGAAAAUCUUCUGGAAGCGAUUCCUGCCAACUCUCAGGACGCAGUCAUGUCAUGUCUUGGGCUUCAUUGGGUCAACGACCUUCCAGGCGCACUCAUUCAAAUCCGAGAGUCGCUCAAACCGGACGGUGUGUUCUUGGGUGCUAUAACGGCUCUCCAAUUGGCCCAAGUUGAGCGCGAAGGUGGAAUUUCACCACGAGUUUCCCCAAUGACUGACACCCGAGAUGUCUCAAAUCUCAUGGGUCGUGCAGGGUUUACUCUCCUCACGGUGGAUACGGAUGACGUUCGAGUGUCCUAUCCAUCCAUAUGGGAGCUAAUGGAGGAUCUAAGAGAUAUGGGAGAAAGAACAUUCAUCAAGCGCGAUACUUUGAUCGCAGCAGAUGCGAUCUACAAAGCUCUCCAUGGCGAGGAAAAUGGAACGGUACCAGCGACCUUCCAAAUCAUUUACAUGAUUGGAUGGAAACCAGCACCCAACCAACCAAAGCCCCUCGAAAGAGGUUCGGGCCAAACGAAUCUAAAAGAUGUUUUGUAG